AAAGACGCUGGCCGAUUGCACUUGCCCCUUGGCGCAUUGUCCAUCUCGAGACCGGCAAAAGCCAACAGUCGAAUCUUGCUCGAGCGAUCGGUUUAAUUAACAUCUUUAAAUUCCUGGUGCAUCGUACGAAUCGUUUGUGUCCGUCCGUGUGCUCGAUAGACGUGUGCUUUACCGUACACGGUGUUAACGAUUUCUUGUUCGUUCGCAUUCGCGUGGUAGUUAUUCGUAGCAGCCAUGGUUGCUGGUAAUAAAAUGAUGAACGUCAGGGUGACGACGAUGGACGCCGAACUGGAGUUCGCGAUCCAGCAGACGACCACCGGGAAGCAACUUUUCGACCAGGUUGUAAAAACGAUCGGUCUGCGUGAGGUGUGGUUUUUCGGGCUUCAGUACACCGAUAAUAAAGGCGACCUGACAUGGAUCAAACUGUACAAAAAGCCAGAAAAUGCGAUAGCGCGGCUGGUGAAGAAAGAAGUGAAGAAGAAAGUUCGAAAGCUGAGAGGUUGCUCGGACUCCGACACCGACGACGACGAGUUCGAGGACGACCUGACUGGACAUUCGUUCUUGUCUAGGGUCAUGAACCAGGAAGUGAAGAAGGAGACGCCAUUGCAGUUCAAAUUCCGUGGCAAAUUCUACCCCGAAGACGUUGCGGAAGAAUUGAUUCAAGAUAUUACGUUACGGCUGUUCUAUCUUCAGGUAAAAAAUUCUAUCCUCACGGAUGAAAUAUACUGCCCUCCGGAAACAUCUGUACUGUUAGCUUCUUAUGCGGUCCAAGCAAGACAUGGAGAUUUCCAAAAAGGUACCCACACCGCUGGUUUCUUAAUUAAUGACCGCUUACUGCCACAACGUGUCGUGGACCAACACAAGAUGAGCAAAGAGGAAUGGGAAAGUUCGAUUACUAAUUGGUGGCAAGAACAUCGUGGAAUGCUACGCGAGGAUGCCAUGAUGGAAUAUUUAAAAAUUGCUCAGGAUUUGGAAAUGUACGGAGUGAAUUACUUUGAAAUUCGUAACAAGAAAGGCACAGAUCUUUGGUUAGGUGUGGACGCAUUAGGUUUGAACAUAUACGAGAAGGACGACAAGUUGACUCCGAAAAUUGGUUUUCCAUGGUCCGAGAUUCGAAAUAUCUCCUUCAACGAUAAAAAGUUCAUAAUUAAGCCAAUCGACAAGAAAGCGCCGGAUUUCGUUUUCUUUGCAACCAGAGUUAAGAUUAAUAAACGAAUUUUGGCACUAUGCAUGGGGAAUCAUGAACUAUACAUGCGUAGACGUAGACCCGAUACGAUCGAUGUUCAGCAAAUGAAGGCUCAAGCAAGGGAGGAAAAAAUUGCAAAACAACAACAGAGAGAAAAAUUGCAAUUGGAGAUAGCCGCGAGGGAACGUGCUGAGAAGAAGCAACAAGAAUACGAAGAAAGACUUAGGAAUAUGGCGGAAGAAAUGGAUAGGCGGCAAGCCGAAUUAAAUGAGGCUCAAGAAAUGAUUCGACGUUUGGAGGAGCAGCUGAAACAGUUACAAGCUGCCAAAGAAGAGUUAGAAGACCGUCAGAAGGAACUUACGGUUAUGAUGGAAAAACUGGAACUAUCACAUGAAAUGGAGGCAGCAGAACGCGCCAAACUAGAACAAGAAAUAAGAGCCAAGCAAGAAGAGGUUCAACGCAUUCAGUCUGAAGUAGAAGCAAAGGAUGCAGAAGCAAGAAGACUGCAGGAGGAAUUUGAAGCAGCCAAAUUGAGGCAAGAAGAAGCAGAUAGAGCAUAUCAGGAUAGUAGUACAACACCGCAUCAUCAUCAUGUUGAAGAAAAUGAAGAAGGUGAAGAUGAUGGCGAAUAUGAAUAUAUUCCUCAUGGCGAUGUUACAAAAGAUCUUGCAACUGACGAAUCAAUAAUCGAUCCAGUUGAAGGACGACGUACUUUAGCAGAAAGAAAUGAGCGUCUUCAUGACCAACUUAAGGCAUUAAAGAAGGAUCUUGCACAGUCACGCGAUGAGUCGAAGGAAACUGUUAUGGAUAAAAUUCACAGGGAAAACGUACGUCAAGGACGUGAUAAAUACAAAACGCUUCGUGAAAUUCGCAAAGGCAAUACCAAGCGUCGCGUCGAUCAAUUUGAAAACAUGUAAAUUAUAUACUCGUCUGCCUAUAUGCCUGCCUGCCCAUUUCAUCCUGCCUUGAAAAAUUCUGUUCCAACUUGUAUGAACUCAGUAUAAUUACUACAUCAUGUACAUGAAAAACGGACAGAUUCUCUAAUUGAACUAUACAAAGGCCUAUGUUUUAGAAAGGUUGUCAAGAAUAUAUUGUUUUAUAAUAUUGUCUUUUCGAAAUGCUUUGAAAUCUAAGCCACAUCGAAUUUAUAAUGAUGUAAAGUUUAGAGCCUAUACUACUUUUCAAGAUACGUUUACAGUGAGAAAAACUCAUGAUUGGCAAGGAACGCGACGAGCUACUUGUACCGUCUUCCAUGUAUACUUCCACAUAAUUGAGCAGUUUCUCGCGAAAAUAAAUGUUUAUAUAUAUUUUUCAUCAAGUUUUCUUGCUGUUUUAGCUGGAGAAUAUUUAACGUUAAUUCAUAAUAAUAACUUCGUUAUAUUUAGCUAUGCUGUUAGCUAAUGUUGUUUUCUUCUUUUCCCUUUUUUUUCUGCUAAAAUAACAAGAAAAUAUGUUACCGUGGUUUGUGAAUAUUAUUUUAUUUUUUCAAGAAUUUUUGAACACCGGCGCGCCAGUAUUUUUUUUGUCAAAGUAUUACUGUCGGUCACCGAGCGUAAUGCCGCACACAUGUUGACAGUUUGUUUACUGGUUACCUUUUUGUCGCGGUUCUUAUCAUGUCGUUGCGUAUUCUCCGUCCUUGAUAAGGAUUUGUACCAAGAAAUUUUUCGUAUUGUUGUAACGUGUGUCAUCAGAGGAUUACUUUUGUCAAUAGCGGUCGCUUACCCGUUUUGCUACUUUGAUUUUGAUUCGUUAUUUUACCAUUUACAGUAUUGAAGAUAGAACCAGUAGAGCAUGUAAUAUUUUCAAGCGACGUGGAACGUUCAGCAUUUACUCCUUAGUGAAUUAUAAGUAAUUACGUAACAUUGGCCUAAAAUAAUGUAGAAGCGACCGUUUCGUACACAGAGUGACUCGAGAGUGGCGUCAUCGAAUUUACUGUUGUAUUCUACACCUAGAAAUUAAUAUACAUCGUCUUAUAAAUAUGGCAUCCAAAACUGUUAACUUUUGAGAUAUAAUUACUUUUUCGUUAUUGUAAUAUGUUUGAGCUAUUAAGAUCAUUCAUGUUUAUUUUGGUAUAUGGUAUACGUUUGUGGUAUACUCUACGUAAAUAAAAUAUGUUAAACAAUUUAAAUAAAACAUUCGAAAUAUUUGUAAUAUUGUAAAAAACAGUAUUUAAAAUUCAGAUAAGUCAAAUUAUAUUCUACGGUCAUAUCAUAUAUUUGAAACAAUAUUUUAUACUCUUAGAGGUUAUAUCACCGGAAAUGGUUCUAAGGCCUAUGGCUACUAAUAUUGUUCAUGUGUUCAAGGUUUAGGAUAUUUCACUAAAUUUUGUGAUACCACUUUUUAAUUUCUGUAUAUAUACAGAGUGUCUCAUGUAAUUGAACUGUAAAUAUGAUUUGGUAUGUACUAAGUUUGUAUCACGUCAAAGUGGAUAGCUUUAGACGCUUCAGUUUUAAGUUCUAAUAGUGAAUUUAUAGGUAUACUUUGCAGUUUCAAUUAUACGUUCAUAUAUACGAUAAUAAUAUAAAACUGUACAAGAUCGAAAAUUAUUUCAUUUUGUUUUACAUUAUUAUUUCAAUUUUGUGGGGCACACUGUGUAUGCAGAAAGAAAAAUUACGUACUUAAAUAAUUUAAAUUAACGUAAUUAAAAAAGAAAAACGAGUUACGAAGGGAUUAUUACGAGCGAAUUAUUACGAGCGAAUUUCAACUAGUAAUUUUAUAUUGAACACACUCGUGGCCUUUAUUAAUAUACAUAUAUAUUAUAUUAAAAUAUUGCUACUGUUCUAUAAUAUAAUAAAGACGUAGGGAUAUCGCGCGACUCUUUGUAUUGCAUACCUUCAAUUUAACUUAAGGUAAAUUGCGCGGUUCAUAUAAAAGGACAGCAACGAGGUUCUGCGGAAGUAUGGAAGAGUGAAUGCGUGAGAGAGAAUGCUAUAAUAAAAGAUAUAACGUACGAAUGUUAAAAAAUGUAUAAUAUAUGGCAGUCUG